GUUUCGGAGAGCGACAUUCAAGCACGUGCGAACGGCUCAGGGCGCCCCAAGAUCUGCACCUUGUGCCAGCCAAGGGCGUGCUGCCGAGUGGGCGCGGAGGUAGAUUGUGCAAGAACGAGAGUCGUCACGAACGAGGACUAUUGAAGAUGCGGGGUCGGCGAGUCUCGCUGGGGGUUGUUGUCCUGGGGUGGAGUCCAUCAGUGCAAGCCUUCGUUGCACCGUCGAUUCCCGAGGCAUCGUCUGCGAAAUGCGUACCGCUGUCGACGCCAGCAGUCAAGAGCGGCAGCGAUGGCAGCAGCAGCAGAAGCAGCAUGAGCAAUAGCGGGAGCGCCAUCGGCAUGAGCCGCCGACGGGCUGCUCUGGCCGCAUCAACAUCGGUCCUGAAGAUGAGCGGCGAGGACGAAGCGGCGGAGGAAUACGGGGACCCCGCGGCAGAAGUUGAGGUAGUUGCCGCUGACAAAAGGAAGGACGCGGGCGUGCUGGCGGCGACGGGAGCGACGGGGGCGAUCGUGGGGUGGAGCUUGGGGCACUCCCUAGGGCUGGACAUGAUGGGAAUGUUCGCAGGUGGCUUGCCACGGAAGGAAGGCGUCCGCUUCAGUAAGAGCAGUACGGAUAUUAGAAGGCGAGAAGAGGGAUUGGGUGGUGUACAGGUCGCAACGAGCCGUCGGGAUCACCAAGAUGUUCGGAAAGGGCUCUCUCGCCGAAAAAGAACUUACCUCCGAACAUCGGAAGAAAUCUUAACCUUCGUGGAUCGUGCUUCUUACGCCGCUCGGACGGACACCGAGAAACAUCGUAGUGCCUCCUCCUGCCUGGCACACCCUGCUCCUCCACCAAUUCGUGUUUUUUUCGCAGGCUGUCUGGCAGCGGUAGGGCUUUUGGCGCAGGAGGGCACGAUUGGGCAAACGACCGCGAAGGUCGGCGAGUUCGCCCUCGGCGCGUUCGAAGUGGUUAGCACCGUAGCUACGAGCACCAACGUCCCCGCAAAGGUGGCCAGCUCCGUCGGAGAGGAGUUCCUCGAGGUGGUAGAAUUUACCUCGGGUGCGGUCACAAAGGUGGGGGGUCGUUCUCUCAAACCCCUUUUCGGAUCCUCCUCUCACAUCUUCACCCAACACUUUUUUCACGCCAACUCGGGAACUCCCGGGGGGACUGAAAAAAAGGGGUACAUGGACAGCCUUCCGGAUCCUGUGGUCAGGUACAAGGCCCAGAUCGCUAGAUCCAAGCAAACCGCCGCGGAGCUGAAGGAACAGCUGGACAAGGUGUCGGCGGCGUUCGCUGAGGCCAAGAAGCAGCUCAAGCAGCGGGCGGAGAACCAGAGGAUUGUGGACGCGGCCAAGACCACUGUUGCUGAGCUGGCGGUGAGCGGGGGUGCACCAUAG